AUGGGCGAAUGCUCAUAUGGUUAUCCAAACCAGCUUGAUGAGCCAAAGCAUAAACUGAGGCACUCUUUGUCGUUAUCGCUGACACUUAUCAUCUUUAUAAGUCUGGUCAAGAAAGGUGAAGAUGUGAUCCAAAGCUGGUCACAAGUUUUGACUUUAAUGUUGCCUUUACUUAACUGGGCUUUCAUGUAUGUUAUAACGGGAAGGCAAGUUGGUGUAAAGAUAGUGGAGAACAAACGCGCAUUGCCGUUUAGAACAGCUCAGUUUGAGCUCGAGCUCGAGUUCGAGAAAGGAAACUGCAAGGUCACUGAGAUAAUCGAACUGAGCAUUAAGCACACGUUCAAUGCCUAUACGGAACAUUCUACAAUCUAA